AUGAAGCGGUUCAAAGAGAAAAUCAACGGAUCGGAUCCGAACUGGUCGGUAAUUGGAAUCGGAACAAUCGGAACUUCUGAGUUCAUUUGCGGAAAAUGCAUCAAAAUCGUUGACGAUCCCGUUCGAACAGCUUGUUGCGACUCACUCCUCUGUCGACUUUGUGCUCUUUCUGAGAACAAUCCGUUUGUUUGUCGGUACUGCUACUGUAUCUUCACGGCGGAUGAGCCACUGGAAUACAAGGAGGUCUCAAAGUUCUUUCUGCAAAUUCUCAAUUCGACAGUUAUCCAGUGCUCUACAGAUCAAUGCAAGGCAAGUGAAAAAGAAAGCUCCCUUCUUUUAAUGUCUAUUCAGGAGAAAUUUGCAUAUUUUCGCCGAGAAGUGCAUCUUGAAUACAAAUGCAAUGGCCACAAACGUUGCGAGCAAUGCCGGGAAGAGUACAUCGUCAAAAACAAGCACAUCUGCGUGCGAACUGUUCGAUCUGUCAUUGAAGAAAUCGAAAAUGACGCUACUAUUCCUGCCGAUCUGAAAGAAAAGCAUUUUUACGAGUACAUGAUGAAAAUGAGCGGCUAUGCGAAAGGGCCAAAGCCCUCGAAGUUGUCAAUUGAAAUGAUGAAUGAAAAGAUGGAUAUCGAGGGCGCUUCUCUUGUCGAAAUCCCAGCAUCGUCUUUUUACAACGAAAUGGAAGUAGCUGAGAACUUCGAUGAAGGAAUAGAAUCAUCUUUGCUUACAGACAGAUUAUUUGACGUCCCCGACGACGGCGCAAUGGAUACCGAGAUGGACUUUUCAGACUUUGAUUCAGAACUGGAUUUAUUCUUUGAAAAUGGAUACAAGCAAGAAAUUUUAUCCUCCCUGCCAAUUAGUUAG